CCAGACUGACAUUAGCGGUCCGUGUACGAGGCUCCUUUUCCUCUCACACAACUGAUGUUAGCGUCCAUCUGGAACAUUCACUUGCUUCGCUUCCAAUAAAAGGCACACCCAGAUACGAUGACGUUUGGUGGAUUUCAAAAUUUAGCCUUACCUUUUGUGCGGCUGACAACGGAGAACGUUGACGUAAGUGCUACUGGGUCUGUUUGUUUUAAGUCAUUCAUCCCAUAGUGUUCACCUACAAAAUGGGUAUUGCUGCUGCCUAUUGUGGUGGAUUGGUUUGUUGUUCCCAGUUGGGAUUGAGCAAUUCGAGGAUAGUGUGUUUAUCGGUGUUGGAGCAGGUGGAUAAGGAGUUAAAGAAGGGGGAUGACAGGGCUGCACUGUCUCUUGUGAAGGAUUUGCAGGGCAAACCCGGUGGUCUUAGGUGUUUCGGCGCCGCUCGACAGGUACCUCAGAGGCUAUAUUCCUUGGAUGAAUUGAGGUUGAACGGUAUAGAAACCACAUCUCUUCUAUCACCAGUUGAUACCACCCUUGGUGCCAUUGAAAGAAAUCUGCAGGUUGCUGCUGUAUUAGGUGGCAUUGCUGCGUCAUAUGCGCUUGAUUGGAGUCAACAACAGCUCCUUUUCGUUUCUCUUGGACUUCUUUUUUUGUGGACUCUGGACUUGGUUUCUUUCAAUGGAGGGGUUGGUGCUUUGAUCCUUGACACAAUUGGUCAUACUUUCAGUCAGAAGUACCGCAACAGGGUUGUUCAACAUGAAGCUGGCCAUUUCUUGAUUGCCUACUUGCUGGGUAUUCUUCCAAAGGGGUAUACUCUCACUAGUUUGGACGCUUUGAAGAAGGAAGGAUCAUUAAACAUCCAAGCAGGGACAGCCUUUGUCGACUUUGAGUUUAUGGAGGAAGUAAAUAGUGGAAAACUAACAGCCACGAUGCUGAACCGGUUUUCAUGUAUCUCACUAGCGGGUGUAGCAACCGAAUAUCUUUUGUUCGGUUAUGCUGAGGGAGGCCUGACUGACAUUAAUCAGUUGGAUGCAUUACUGAAAAGCCUGGGAUUUACACAGAAGAAAGCAGAUUCUCAGGUGAGAUGGGCUGUAUUGAACACAAUCCUCAUCUUGCGCCGCCAUGAGAAGGCACGAGCGAAGCUUGCAGAGGCAAUGACUCAAGGGAAAUCUGUGGGCGUCUGCAUUGACACUAUAGAGAAAUACAUUAGCGAUAAUGAUUUGUAGCCCUUCAUAUUUCUUAAAAUCCAUCAUAUAAUUCCUGAUAUCCCCUAUGAUUGUACUCCUUCAUUCUCUUUAUAAAGUUAUCUUUUUGAGUGAAA